ACCUGCUGACCCUGUUAACAACUAACCUGCUGACCCUGUUAACAACUAACCUGCUGACCCUGUUAACAACUAACCUGCUGACCCUGUUAACAACUAACCUUCUGACCCUGAUAACUAACCAGCUGACCCUGUUAACAACUAACCUUCUGACCCUGAUAACUAACCAGCUGACCCUGAUAACUAACCUGCUGACCCUAACACUGUUAAUUAACAGGGUAUUGGUGUAUAAAUGGAGGAUAGGUAAUGAAUGCACCUUUAAAUAUCAAAAUGAUGUCCCUCCCCAAAUGUGCGCAAAUGUAAUUAAAAUAACCAGCAGCAGUUGCCUUCUUUGAAGAAGCUGAAUCUUUAUGCCUUUAUUGCGACUUUGUUAACACUAAACUUAAAUUGAGUGUCGUUGCAUUGUUACAAUGUUGCACAUUGCUCACUAGAUGGCACUAUAACAAAGUCGAUAGAGAAACUGAAUGAGUCUUCUGACAUAAUUUAUUAUAGCAGUUUUGUUAAGUAGGCAAUGCAGCUUCUUAACUUCUACGACAGCAAAUUAGAAUGCACGAGGUUUUGAAUUCUUUACAAAAGUAGGGGCAACUGCAUUUUUCCAGUACGCAUGAUUUUGUAUCCUUUCUGAAAGCAGGAAGCAGCACGCUGUUAAUCCCAGUCAGACAGAUAUCAGUAUUUCCUGGGAAGGUCAAAUCAACUGCAUUGUUUACAAAGGUGUUUUGAUUGUGUCUUUCGGUGGCUACAAAUUCAUUCAAACGAAUGUCAGUGACUUUGGCCCGUGAUCUUGGAUUACCGAUGGACCAACAGCACAAAUCCCAUGCUUGGAUGUGAUUCCACCAUUGUGAGCCUGAUGUACAGAGGAGGAAGGACCGGUUCUGAUGGCAGACCAUCUUCCCUCAGGGCUACUGGAAGCGUGUGUUGUUGUCGGAGCCUCUGGGGAUAAACUCAAGGAUGUCUAUCAGUCUCUACAGCAGGGCAACAGCACAACAGACCUCCUUAUUUUAGACCCAGAGGUCUUGCAAGUCCACGUGCCUCCGUUUGUGACCAAAGAGAAUGCAGAUGAGUCUGGUGUCCCCAGAACCUUCAGUCGAGUCCAGUGCAGACGGUCCUUCAUCAAGAAGAAGGAGAGGCUAGUGGUGGCUCCUAGUGGCCCUGGAGGGGCCGGGAGCAGUGAGGGGGCCACUGUCACGGAGGAUGUCAGCGUCCCCAAGGACAUUGACCUCAUGGCCCUGCCCCAACUCUGCUUUCCAGGGGGGCUUCAAGUAACAAAUGAACCAAAAGAAGAGCGUUUUCACUUUCUAGUCUUCACGGAUGUGUUCGGUAACCAAACCCAUGGAGUGGUGGUUCAGUGUUGUAGACCAUUUCAGGAAGGGUCAGUGUUCUAUCAGAAUGGACACUGGUCGUCCACCAGGACCGCUAAGCUCUACACUGCUUUUGCCAUCUGUGUCAUAUCCAAGCAUCCUUAUUACAAUGCUCUGAAGGACUGUCUGUCUUGUUUGCUGGCGCAGCUUAGAGCAAGCAGGUUGUCUGAAGAGAGGGUGAAGGAAUUUGCAGCCAAACUGUCUCUAGUGCCCAUUCCACCCCCUGGACAACUACAUGUGGUGUUCAACCUGAGACCCCUGAUGAUCGUACUGCCUUCCAGAGAGGAUAAGGAACACCCCGCUGUAGACCUGGACCUCCAUUUGCCCUUCCUGUGCUUUAGAUCCAAACAGAUUUUACAGAUCAUCACUGGUAUUCUGAUGGAGCAGAGGUUAGUGUUCUUCUCAGCUGACUGGGCCCGCCUCACCCUGGUGGCAGAGUGUUUCAUGUUCUACAUCCACCCCCUCCACUGGCAGCACCCCUACGUGCCCAUCCUCUCAGCCCAGAUGCUGGACUUCGUCAUGGCCCCCACCGCCUUCCUCAUGGGCUGCCACCUCAACCAUUUUGAGGAGGUCGCUGCGGAAACAGACGACCUGAUCUUGAUUAAUAUUGAUGAUGGAACAGUGUCUUCUUCCUGCUCAGAGACUGUCGACCUACCAGACGUCCCCUUCGUUUCUGCAGAGUGUUUUACCAAGCGGAGGAAGGGCCUCCAGCUACAACAUGAUCUAGAGGUGUGUCACCAAGGGGCCGGCACAGACGUUAAUGAGAUGCGCAUGCUGAGGAGACAAUGGCAGCAGAACCUGAACUGGGAAAUAAAGAAGGUUACCUUGGAGCUCAUUGUCAACAUGUUCAGGGAUGUCAGUGGUCACCUGAACUAUGAACACCGAGUGUUUAACAGUGAAGAGUUCCUGAAGACCAGAGAGCUAGCUGACCUUCCCUUUUACAGAAAGGUCUUGGAGACACACAUCUUUCAUUCAUUCCUGAAGGACCGCCUCAAUAGGAAGAUGGAUGCUUUCACACGCAUGGAAGUCAACACUCGCUCAGAGACACAGAAAAUGAAGGCGAUGACAGACAACCCCAGGAGGCCCACCAUGCAGGAAAUGGCCAGGAAGUAUAGCAGCGACCCAGAGAUCCGUCUGAACAAGAGGCUGGGGAUGAGCCUCCCCAACCUGGGAGAGGAGCGCCAUCUCAACCUCCUCAGACAAACCUCCCUCAAGAAGACCAUUAUCCCUGAAAGUGCCUUCAAGAUCCCGCCCAAGCCUGUGAAGAUCUUCAAGCUGCCAGAAUUUCCUCCUCCCAUGGUGCACCACCAUGUCCAGAACUACUAUGGAGAGUUGAUGAUACUACUGGGGAAGGCCAUCUCCUGUGUUCCUCCUGAGAACUCCACCCUCCUGGCCAGGUACUUCUACCUGCGCGGCUUCAUGAACACGCUGUGUUCCAAGCGUCUUGACGCCCUCAGUGACUUCCAGAACCUCUACAAGACGGACAUCGAGAUCUUCCCCACCGACCUGGUAAAGGCGCUAGUGGACUCGCUGCAGAAGGACGAGUUCUCCCAGGUGGACCGGCGGCCAGAGCUCAAGCGGCUCAUCUUCAAGGUGAAGACAGACAACGAGAGGGUGCUGGUCCAAGAUGACGACCACGUGAAGAAGUUCCAGCUCCCUAAGACCCACAUGCUGCAGGAGGACUUUGUGAAGCGCAUCCAGGAGUCUGGGAUUGUGAAAGACGUCGCCACCAUCCAUAGACUGUUUGAGGCCCUCACUGUGGGGCAACAGAAGCAGAUUGACCCAGAGGUGUUCCGUGUGUUCUACACCUUCUGGAAGGAGACGGAGGUGGAGGCCCAGGAUGUUCACCUACCAGCUGAGGUCAUGGAGCACCUGGACAACAACGAGUGUGUCUACAAGCUGUCCUGCUCCGUCAAAACCAACCAGGGAGUGGGUAAGAUCGCCAUGACACAGAAGAGGCUGUUCCUGCUCACUGACGGGAGGCCUGGGUUUAUCGAGAUCACCAAGUUCAGAGACAUAAAGGAGGUGAAUAUCUCCUUUUCUCCUUUCCUGCUGCUGAGGAUCCCGUCUCUGAAGAUCAAGUGCAGUCUGAGGAAGGAGGUGUUUGAGGCCAACCUGAAGUCUGCGUGUGACCUGUGGAAUCUCAUGGUCAGAGAGAUGUGGGCUGGGAGGACGAUGGCAGACGACCACAAGGAUCCUCAGUACAUGCAGCAGGCUUUGACUAACGUCUUGCUCAUGGAUGCUGUGGUUGGCUGCCUUCAGACCCAGAAGGCCAUAUUUGCCGCCUCCAAACUGGCAUACUUUGACAGAGUGAAACAUGAAGUUCCUGUGAUGGUUCCAAAGACAACAUUGGAGACGUUGAAACACAAGAUCAAUCCAUCACUAGACCUCCCAGCCCCACAGACUGUACAUGUCUUACUCUACACACCAGGUGAGGGGAAACAGACGGCUGACUUUCUGUUACUCUACACACCAGGCCAGUUGAGUUACUCGGAGGCAGACGGAGAUGGGAACCCCAAGCUGUGGUGUGCCCUCAGUGGUGGGAGGGUGGUUGUGUUUGAUGCAGCCAGCUGGUCCAUGCAGCAGAACUGUGUUCAAGUGGGAUCCUCCCAACUGAACUGCAUGCUGGGAUUGGACCAGGAUCAAGUAUGGAUUGGCUCCCAGGAUUCCAUCAUUUACAUAAUUGACACUCGCAGCAUGUCCUGCAAUAAGCAGCUGACAGAGCACAGGCAUGAGGUUAUGGACUUUGCCCUGGAGGAGAGUGACAAGAUGAGACAGACAUACUCCUGUAGUGCCGAUGGAACAGUCAUUCUGUGGGACCUCUCAACGCUAAAAGUGAAAAAGCAGUUUCAACUGACCUGUGAUAGGCUUAUGUCCAUUCAGCUCUUCAAUGGAACACUGUGGUGCUGUGCCAGAGACGGCAUCGUUGAACUGAGGAAGAACGGAACCCCACAUCGUAAGAUGACACUUCCUGAGGAUCUACGGAGCAUUCCCACUGAGUUCAGCAGCCUCAUCCUCUUCUUAGAGAGGGGCCAGUUGUGGACGAGCUGUUCUGAUUCUGACGAGCUCUGUCUCUGGCACUGUGAAGACCUGACCAAGCCUUUCCUGAGGGUGCGGCUGCAGAACUGUACAGGGGUCAACUGUAUGAUCAAGGUUAAGAAUCAGAUCUGGGUUGGCUGCAGCGGGCCGAGCCCUGACCAGUGCAGGAUGAGUGGGAAGAUCUACAUAGUGGACACAGAGAGCCACAGUGUAGAGAAGGAGCUGAUGGCCCACACAGACAGUGUCCAGGCACUGUGCUCUGCAGAGGGCCGCUAUGUACUCAGUGGCUCCGCCUGCCAGGAUGGCAAAAUCGCCAUUUGGAAGGUUGAGUAGAGGACGAGUAGCCUGGUCCAGUAUCUGUUUGUGUGGUUUUGCCAACUCUUUUAAGUGAAUGAAAUGUUUGGCACAACAAUGACAGGAGUUUCCUAAACAGCAGAAAUAGAUGUGGGACCAGGUUAGAGGAAGAGCCCUGCAGACCCCGAGGAGUCCUACAGGUCUGAAGAGGCUAUAGCCUCUCAAACUCAACUCUGGACCUGGAAGCCAGUUCCACUGCUUUGUUUCAUUGUUCCCCUCUAAUCAGGGACUGAUUUAGACCUGGGACUCCAGGUGGGUGAUUCCCCUCUAGUCAAGGACUGAUU